GCGGAGCGGGAGCCGCAGCGCUGCCGGGGCCAUGGGCUGCCUCCGGGCGGGGGCCACCCCUCGCCGCGCCCGGUAACGACCCCGCCGGCCCCGGGGAGAAGAUGGCGGAGAGGCUAGAAUGGGUGGAAAUCAUAGAGCCUCGGACGCGGGAGCGCAUGUACGCCAAUCUGAUCACGGGGGAGUGCGUCUGGGACCCCCCUCCCGGCGUCCGCAUCAAGCGUACCAACGAGAACCAGUGGUGGGAGCUCUUCGACCCCAACACCUCCCGCUUCUACUAUUACAAUGCCACCACCCAGCGGACAGUGUGGCACCGGCCCCAGAACUGUGACAUCAUCCCGCUGGCCAAGCUCCAGACCCUGAAGCAAAAUACUGAGUCUCCCCGGGCCUCCACCGAGAACAGCCCCGGGCGCAGCAGCAAUGUCAGCCGGGAAGGCAGCACCAGCUCCUCCCUGGAGCAAGAGCUGGAGACUGGGGAGAAGGGGCAGGAGCAGAACCGGCCAAACCGCCAGCCCUCUCAGUUCGCCACCGUCAAAGAAGAAACGGAAAGUUCCUCACCUCCUGGAGUUUUUGAGAAAGAAUAUGAGAUUUACCGGGAUUACAGCACCGACGGGCAACGGCUCCACUACAGAAUACUGCAGAGGAAAAUAGGCAUUUUGGAGACCUAUGGGGUUCUGGGGGCAUCAUCUCUCAGGUGGAACACGGGGACGAAGGAACGGAUGCUCAUCAAGGUGACAGACCGUGAGCCCAGUUUCCUCAUGCACCAAGGCAAUGGCUACACCUCGGAAAACCAGCAGGGCACUCGAUCGCGUAGGCCGUCAGGCGGCCAGCCAUCCCCUAACCUCCAGACUUUUACCCCCGAUUCGGACAACUCUGUCUUCUUCCCAGACAGGAAGCAGUCACCCUUCCUGAAACGAGCGGACCAUGUGGGCAGUUGCUCCCCGCUGCUGGGGCGGGGAGAGUCCUUUUGCUCCCCACUCCAAGCCCAGCACCGAAAGCACUCCAGCGAGUCCCAGCCCUCUUCCCCACGGUAUGCCUAUGAACCCCCUUUGUAUGAGGAACCUCCUAUGGAGUAUCAGGCCCCCAUCUAUGAUGAGCCGCCUGUGGAUAUGCAGUUUGAGGCGAGUGGGAGCUACAAAGCUGGCUCACCCCAGAAGUCUCCCAUCCGUAAGCCCCAUCCCUUCCUUCAGUCACCCAAGCAGAGCCCUAACUCCCCUUACCAGCAGCUGGUGUUGACCAAGCAGAAAGGUCCAGACCGGUUUAUGAGCUUGGAGUAUAGCCCUGCCGGCAAGGAGUACGUCCGGCAAUUAGUCUACGUUGAGCAGUCGGGCUCCAGCCCCAAGAUGAAAACAGGUCUCCGCCACAAAUAUUCUCCAAACCCAAUUGGUGGCUCCUACUCCCUCCAGCACAGUCCUUGCCUGAUGAGGGACCAGCGGUUGGAGGUCAAAUCUGGGGACUACAGCAGCAUGGAAGGGGCUGACAUUCGGCACAGUCCCCCAGUCAGCCAGGCCUCGCAGGGCGAGGACUCCAUGUCAUGGUCCAGCCAGCAGAACACCAUGUCCUCCACUGGUUAUUCCCCAGGCAGUCGCAAGAGGAAGAGCAGGAAGCCCUCUCUCUCCUAUGACCCCAAUGCCUCCUCCACUGACGGCUCUGGGGAGCGGGAGGAAGGCCUGCCAGAGGAGAGGCCCCCGUCCAGUUGCAGCAGGCCCCAGAUGAACCGCAUGGAGAGCAGGUCCGUAGAAGCUGAAUCGACCCGGGGCUUUCCGGAGCCCUUCUUGGCCCAGGCUCGGCUGGCUUGGGAGGCCCAGCAAGCUCAUUAUCACAUGAAGCAGCGAAGCAGUUGGGACUCCCAGAAGGAUGGCUCAGGCUACGAGAGCGAUGGGGCCGUGCCGCUACCAAUGCCAGGGCCGGUGGUGCGGGCUUUCAGUGAGGACGAGGCUCUGGCCCAGCAGGAGAAUAAGCAUUGGAAGCGGAAUACCUUUGAGAAGCUGGGUUUCCCACAGAUCCUGCUGGAGAAGAGUGUGUCUGUGCAGACGAACCUGGCUUCACCUGAACCCUACCUGCAUCCAUCCCAGUCAGAGGAUCUUGGCGCCUGUGCACAGUUCGAGAGCAGCAGACAGAACCGGAACAUGAUGCCUAGCACCAGCUGUGUCUUUCCCACCUUCAACCUGAGGAAGCCUUCCUCAGAGACGGACAUUGAGAACUGGGCCUCCAAGCACUUCAAUAAGCACACUCAAGGGCUCUUUCGGCGCAAGGUCUCCAUCGCCAACAUGCUGGCUUGGAGCAGCGAGUCCAUCAAGAAGCCCAUGAUCAUGACCACCGACCGCAACGUCAAGAAGGAAGCCUGUGAGAUAUUCAAACUGAUCCAGAUGUAUAUGGGGGACCGGCGGGCCAAGACAGACCAACUCAACGUGGCUCUGGAGAUUGCUACCAAAGGCUGGAGCAUGCAGGGCCUCCGGGACGAACUGUAUAUCCAACUGUGUCGACAGACCACGGAGAACUUCCGCUAUGAGAGCCUAGCUCGAGGCUGGGAACUCAUGUCGAUCUGCUUGGCCUUCUUCCCACCCACCCCCAAGUUCCAUUCCUACCUUGAAGGGUACAUUUACAGGCACAUGGAUCCAGUGAAUGACACAAAAGUUACUCAGCACAUUAAAGAACUCCUGGAAAGGAACAGUAAGAAGAAGUCCAAACUGAGAAAGAAACCCAAGCCCUAUAUCGAAGAUCACGAUGGGGUGGCAAUAAGCACUUAUGCCAAGUAUUGUUACAACAAGCUUCAGAAAGCAGCAUUGACCGGAGCCAAGAAGGGCCUGAAGAAGCCAAACAUUGAAGAGAUCCGCCAUGCCAAGAAUGCCGUCUUCAGCCCAUCCAUGUUUGGGAGCUCUCUCCAAGAGAUCAUGAACAUGCAGAAGGAGAGGUACCCCGACCGCCAACUCCCGUGGGUGCAGACAAGGUUGUCAGAAGAGGUGCUAGCCCUCAACGGAGACCAGACCGAGGGCAUCUUCAGAGUCCCUGGAGACAUCGAUGAGGUCAAUGCCCUCAAACUGCAGGUCGACCAGUGGAAGAUACCCACCGGUUUGGAAGAUCCUCAUGUUCCUGCCUCUUUGCUGAAGCUCUGGUAUCGAGAACUGGAGGAGCCGCUCAUUCCCCAUGACUUCUAUGAACAGUGCAUCACUCACUAUGAGAACCCAGAAGCUGCGAUCGCCGUUGUCCACUCCCUGCCCAGGAUCAACAAGAUGGUGCUCUGCUACCUCAUCCGUUUCCUCCAGGUGUUUGUGCAGCCCGGCAACGUGGCAGUCACCAAGAUGGACGUCAACAACUUGGCCAUGGUGAUGGCCCCCAACUGCCUCCGCUGUCAGUCAGAUGACCCGCGGAUCAUUUUUGAGAACACCCGCAAGGAAAUGUCCUUCAUCCGGGUGCUGAUCCAGCACCUGGACACAAGCUUCAUGGAAGGGGUCCUAUAGCACCAGUGCCAACGGAACCAGAAUGGAAUUGGACAUUCUCCCUGCAAGCCCUGCCACCCCACCCUCACCCCCCAAGUCAAUCAGUCAGCGAGAAUUAUUUUUGACACAAAGGUUGGCACCAGGGCAGAGCAAAAGCUGCCAUGGUCUAGGCUUUGCCUGCCUUCUCUGCCUUGCCUCAGUGCCACCUGGUGCUCUCGUUCUGGACAAAAGGCUGCUGUGCCCAGCAGCAGCUCCCUGGAAACACCCCGGCCAGGACAUCCGAAGGGUCGCAAUUACCUAUGGUGGGACUAGCAUUCCUCACAAAGAGAAUUUGAAUUAAUGAGCCUCCUGGCAAACUUCAGGUGAACUGUAAAGUUGAGGGGGGUGGGAGAAGCAAUGAGGCCUGACCACCCCAUCCCUUAUUAAAUUUCCUAUCCACUUUCCUGAGGAGAGGAUGCCAGAUGCAGGGAUUGGGGACAAAGGUAAUUUGGAAUUGUGAGUGGGGUUAGUUUUCAAGAUGGCAGCUAGAUCCUGCUGAGAUCAUAAAGAGUAAUUGGGUGGGGGUUGCAUGUGAUUAGCAUCCCAGGAAAGACAAGCCACCAGUCAGUCCCUAUUAUUUGAGAGCCUCUGGAAAAGGUGAAGGAGGAGAUGGCGGCCAUCAGGUUCCCUGCUGGGCAUCCCUGGGAUGAAGUUGAACUUGGAGUAGCCAGAUAUCCAUCACCGCUGUGCCAGGCUGUUGUAACAUGCAGCAGACCCAGGUGCUGCUCUCUCACAAUACCGUUAACCGUUCCCCUUCCCUGUUCCAGCACAGUCACUGCCAGAAGGGGUCAAGCCAUGCCCCCUUGCCCACUAUUUCUCCCUUUCUCUCUUGAAACCCACAAAAUCAGCCAGUUAUCCUAUAGACAUCAUCAGUGACUACUCUGGGUUUCCAAGCAAGUCGCUGAAGAAGUUCUGCUAAGUGUGAUUGCCAGAAGGUACCUGAGCUCUUUUCCUUGCUUGCUUUGCCGAGGAGGGAAUGGUGUAUAGUUAGCACAUGCAUCAAACAAGAGGGAUGAGACCCUUGUCUGUAGCCUCUCCUGGAACAGUUGGUCAAAGAUGGGUCUCUUUGUGUGGAUUGGAUGGGUGCAGGAGGUCAGGAUGGAGCCUAGCCUCUCCCUAUGGCAGAAGGCACCGCAGGGAAUAUGGGCACAUUGCAUCUGGCCUCCUGUUCCUAACUCCUCCUGAGCUUUGCAGUUUGGCAUGAAAGAAGCUCCAAAAUCAUCUGCAGAAAAUAUUCUCACAUAGAUAAAUGUCAGAGAGAAGCCAAGCUGUGUCAAGAUUCCUGCUCUGGCCUGACCCUUGUGCUUACGAUUCAGACAGGUUCCAUUCCUCCUAAUUAUCAUUGAUUUAAGAUUAUUAUCUGCAAAGAUCCCAAAGUAUUUUUGAACGAGAGAACUAAUGAUGAGUGGAUGCCCUCUGCUUUAGGCUGUCAGUGUGACAACCCCCAAAAUGUUGCCUCCUGAGCAGGAAAAAAUAUAUAAAAAAUUGCAGGGAAGGUGGGGCAAAAGUACAUUUUUUUCUGAAAUGCUUCCUCUCAGCAGUGAAAAGGAUUUGGGUAUAAAGUCGAAGGCUUUCGUGGCCGGCAUCCAUAGUUUUUUGUGGGUUUUUCUGACUAUGUGGCCAUGUUCUAGAAGAUUUUCUUCCUGACGUUUCGC